AUGGAAGAAAAUAGGUUCACUGUUUCCGCUGUGGAGGGAGAAUCCAAGAAGAAUGGCAUCCAUAUGGGAGCCAAUAUCAUCACCAGACCUUUACGAACGUCUGCUGAGACCGUAGAACGAGGGACGGGAAAUAAUGCCCAAUCAGAUACCUGGCUGCAUGACGCUGGAUGGAGAAGAAAACGGUCAUUGGCUCAACUUACCAGAGAAGCUCUGCCGCGAUUGGAUAAUUAUAGGAAUUCUAAGAGAGCUUUAAAAAGGCCAAGUCUUGGAGAGUUACAUGGAGAUCAUCUUAUUACUGAAGAGGACGAGAAAGUACAACAACAACAGACUAGGGACACAAAGUCACCGACACCUGCCAUUGGAAUUAAAUUAGGAUGGAUUCAAGGUGUGUUGAUACCAUGUCUGCUGAACAUCUGGGGUGUGAUGCUGUUCCUCCGCAUAUCCUGGGUAGUCUCUCAAGCAGGUAUCGGCCUGUCUCUGGUCAUCAUCGCUAUAUCUGCAUUCGUGUGUGUCAUCACAACACUCUCCAUGAGCGCAAUAUGCACCAAUGGAGAAGUAAAAGGAGGUGGUAUCUACUACAUAAUCUCAAGAUCCUUGGGUCCGGAGUUCGGUGCUUCAGUAGGCAUUAUCUUUGCCUUCGCCAAUGCCGUUGCAGCCAGUAUGAAUACGAUUGGUUUCUGUGACUCCUUGAAUGACCUUUUGAAGAGUUAUGAUGUUAAGAUAAUUGACGGUGGACUGAAUGACGUCAGGAUUGUGGGAGCCGUGGCGCUGGUCGUCAUGUGCUUCAUCUGUGCGGUUGGCAUGGACUGGGAAAGUAAAGCGCAGAAUUUCCUGAUAGCCAUUAUCGUGGGGGCUAUGGUGGACUUCGUGGUCGGUACUGUAAUGGGGCCGAGCAGCGAUCAGGAAAUGGCCAAUGGAUUCGUCGGACUAAGCACGGCCACGCUAUCGGCUAACUUCAAACCAGACUUUCGGUUCAGCGAGGGUUUGAACCAAGACUUCUUCAGCGUAUUCGCCAUAUUCUUCCCCUCAGUCACCGGUAUCCAAGCUGGAGCUAACAUUUCAGGAGAUUUGAAGGACCCAGCGUCAGCCAUUCCAAAAGGCACAUUACUUGCGCUGCUCAUAUCUAUGGUGAGCUACGCGUUGAUGGUGCUCUUCUCUGGCGGAGGGGCUCUGAGGGACGCUAGUGGAAAUCUGACUGACUUGGUGUUUGCAAACGGCACCGUUGUGGACUACAGCGGUUUAGCCAGCUGCAUCACUAAUAACGGCACAAACAUCACCUGUAAAUAUGGACUGCAUAACAGUUACUCGGUGAUGCAACUGAUGUCGGCCUGGGGUCCAUUCAUCUACGGCGGUUGUUGGGCAGCCACGCUGUCCACUGCUCUGACCAACCUGCUCUCGGUACCGCGUCUCAUCCAAGCGUUGGGCACUGACCGCAUCUACCCUGGACUCAUAUUCUUCUCCAAGCCCUAUGGAAAGUACGGAGAGCCAUAUAGAGGAUAUGUGCUGACUUUCUUCGUGUCCUUGCUGUUUUUGCUUAUAGCUGAUUUGAACACGAUCGCGCCUCUGAUAUCGAACUUCUACCUCGCAUCGUACGCCCUCAUUAACUUCUGCACCUUCCACGCGGCACUCGUGCGACCGCUGGGAUGGCGACCUACAUUCAGAUAUUACAACGUGUGGCUGUCUCUCAUCGGGUUCCUGAGUUGUGUGGCCAUAAUGCUGCUCAUCAGCUGGGUCAUGUCACUUGUGACCUUCGCCAUCUUCUUUACUCUCUACCUCAUCGUACACUAUAGAGAUCCUGAUGUAAACUGGGGCAGCAGUACUCAAGCCCAAAUAUACAAGACAGCUCUGUCGAGCGCCUACAACUUGGCGAAGACAGGUGAACACGUUAAAAACUACUGGCCACAACUUCUGGUGCUGGCAGGCCGGCCGCAGUCGAGACCAGCGUUAGUUGACCUCGGCAACCUCAUCACAAAGGCUGGCUCGUUAAUGAUAGUGGGAGACAUAUCACAGGAACGCGUGUCAUACAAGGAGCGGUCAGUACGCUUGCGUGCUGAUGCAGAAUGGUUGCGGCUACGGAAGGUGCGCGCGUUCUGCUCGCGCGUGCACGGCUUCGGCUUCGAAGCUGGAGCGCGCGCACUCGUACAGGCGGCCGGUGUCGGCCGCCUCGCACCCAACGUGCUGCUCAUGGGGUACAAGACAGAUUGGACUACCGCACCAGCUGAAGACCUUGUCGCUUACUUUAAUGUGCUGCAUACUGCAUUCGAGAGUCGUCUAGCAGUGGCGAUAGUACGCGUAUGCGGCGGACUAGACUAUGGCCCACUGAGCGCUGAGACGGCAGCCAGCAGCUCGCUGACGGGCACGUCGAGCGGGUCGCACGACGAGCUCCGCGUGCGGCGUGCGCCACUCAUCAUGCACGCGGACUCCGACCUCGACAUCACGCGCGCCGCCGACCAGCCGCGACACAACCUCUCCAGUACGUUGCCACUAGACGCUACUGAUAGUAUAUUGACGUUGUCGACCUCACGGUCGUUCACGAUAUCCGAGACCAACAGCACGAAAGAACGAAAGAAGAAAGACAAGAAGAAUGAUAUGCACAGACAGAUUGUGUACAACACGUCCACUGGCUUGGAAUUAUCCAAGGACCAGUUGACACAGAUGACAAUAUUCCAGAGAAAACAGGAGGCAGGUACCUUAGACGUGUGGUGGUUGUACGACGAUGGUGGUCUGACGAUCCUGCUGCCCUACAUCAUCUCACAGCGUUCCACUUGGAGCAAUUGCAAGCUGAGGAUCUUCGCGCUUGCCAACAGACUGCAUGAGAUGGAAUUGGAAGAGAGAAAUAUGGCUAACUUGCUGGCAAAGUUCCGCAUAGACUACUCUUCACUAACGAUGGUGCAGGACAUCACCGACCCACCGCAGCCUGAAACCACGAAACUCUUUGAAGAUAUUACCAAGAAAUUCACUGUCGAAUCGGCAAAUCCCGACUGUUGCAUCAGCGAAACAGAGCUGCUUACAUUAGCAGAAAAGACGAAACGCCAGCUGAGGCUACGCGAACUGUUGCUCGCUAACUCUAAGGACGCUCGUCUAGUCGUCAUGUCCCUGCCUAUGCCUCGAAAGGGUUCAGUGUCUGCCCCGCUAUACAUGGCGUGGUUGGAGAUGAUGAGCCGCGACAUGCCGCCAAUGAUGUUCGUGCGUGGCAACCAUACCUCCGUGCUCACCUUCUACUCUUAA